AUGGCGCCUUCUCAUGUUCCCUACGUUGACCCGCGGUGUGCCAUCUGCACUGCGCCGGCUGAGGCGUCCUGCGGAUGUGAGGCUCGCGCCUUGGAAGUCGCCAUUUCCCAGGCUGAGGGACGAUUUUUCAGCCCAAUGUUCAUGGAUGUCCGCUCUUGGGUCCGCGCCCGCGCCCGCGACUACAUCUUGGACUAUUACCGAGAGAUAUCCAAGCCGUGCAGGACCGCCUACGCCCGGCACCGCGACGUCAUCCGAGCCACAUACCGCGCCAAAUGCCCGCCCGAGGACCCCGAGCCCAACUACCGCAACGCCGAGCGCAUAUACCGCAAAAACAUCGACGAGGCCUGGUCCCUCGCCGUCCUGCGCUACCCAGAGGUCCUGGACUACUUCUUUUCUCUCGUCCAUAUAUCCCUCCCCGACGACCAGGACCCGGUCCUGCAACAACCGUCACCCGGGCGCCGCCGGCACGACGACAGCGACGACGGUCGUCCCCCCUUUAACCGCCUCGGCGAAUUCAGGCACCGUAGGCGCAGGGUCUUCGAGCCGAAGAGGUCGGCGCCGAUCCCCGCGUUUCCCAUACCCCCGCGGCAGCCCAACGGCCAGCCCGCGGUGGCGGGGCGGCCCGGUUGGCCGACGCCGCCCCCAUCGCCGCAGGCGUUUCCCCAGCAGCCGCAGCCGGGCGCCUGGUCGAUGCGGUAA